GGCCUUGGCGGGGAUCCGCACGCGCCCCCCGCGUGUUCCCCGCGUCCCGCACGUCCGCCCGCCAGUCCCCCAAGGCCGGCACGUGCUGCGCUCGCCAGCCCCGCUCGCCCAGGGGGCGGAGAGGGCGGAGGGGGCGAAGGGGGCGGAGGCCCCGGCUCCCCUCCGCACCCCCCGCUCGGCCGGGAGGAGGAGCAGCAGCGGCGGGAGGCGGUAGAGGCGGGAGGCGGCAGCCGCCUGGCCCAGGGAGCUCCGCGGAGAGAGCGCUGCAGCGCCCGGGCGCCCCGUGACACUCUGCGGCCGCGCGGGGGGGAGGCGGGGAGCGGCUCGGCCGCCUGGGAUGUUCCCGGGCGCUUCCUGACUGGCUGGCAGCGCGCUCGCGGCCCGGCUCGUUCCCCGGCCCCGGCCCCGGCCCCGGCCCCUCGCUCGCUGGCUCUGCAUCGGCCAAGCCGCGGUGGAGGCGCGCGAAGGGGGGCGGAGGAGAGGUGGACACGGCCCCGGGGGAUGAGCUGAUUGCGGGUAAAUAACCCGCCGACGGGGCCCCGGGAAGCCGCGAGGAUCCGCAUUUCACAGAAUAGCCGCCCUGCCCUUGGAUUCGCGACCAUGUCCAUCCACAUCGUGGCACUGGGGAACGAGGGAGACGCGUUCCACCAGGACAACCGGCCGUCGGGGCUCAUCCGCACUUACCUGGGGAGAAGCCCGCUGGUCUCCGGGGACGAGAGCAGCUUGUUGCUCAACGCGAGCAGCACGGUCGCUCGGCCAGUGUUCACGGAAUAUCAGGCCAGCGCCUUUGGGAAUGUCAAGCUGGUAGUGCACGACUGUCCCGUCUGGGACAUUUUUGACAGUGAUUGGUACACCUCGCGGAAUCUCAUUGGAGGUGCUGACAUUAUUGUGAUCAAAUACAACGUAAAUGACAAGUUUUCAUUCCAUGAAGUAAAGGACAAUUAUAUUCCAGUGAUAAAAAGAGCAUUAAAUUCAGUACCUGUAAUCAUUGCAGCUGUUGGCACCAGACAGAAUGAAGAAUUACCUUGUACAUGCCCACUGUGUACCUCAGACAGAGGCAGUUGUGUUAGUACAACUGAAGGCAUCCAACUUGCUAAGGAGCUGGGAGCUACCUAUCUUGAACUACACAGCCUUGAUGACUUCUACAUAGGAAAAUAUUUCGGAGGAGUGUUGGAGUAUUUUAUGAUUCAAGCCUUAAAUCAGAAGACAAGUGAUAAAAUGAAGAAAAGGAAAAUGAGCAACUCAUUUCAUGGAAUUAGACCACCUCAGCUCGAACAACCGGAAAAAAUGCCUGUGUUAAAGGCCGAAGCAUCGCAUUACAACUCAGACUUAAACAAUUUGCUGUUCUGCUGCCAGUGUGUGGAUGUAGUAUUUUACAAUCCAGAAUUGAAGGAUGUUGUGGAGGCCCACAAAAUUGUUCUGUGUGCUGUAAGCCAUGUUUUCAUGCUGCUUUUCAAUGUCAAGAGUCCUGCUGAGAUUCAGGAUUCCAGUAUUAUCCGAACUACCCAGGAUCUCUUUGCUAUAAACAGAGAUGCUGCGUUUCCAGGUGCUAGCCAGGAGUCUUCGGGCAACCCACCAUUACGAGUUAUUGUUAAAGACGCCAUCUUCUGUUCAUGCUUGUCGGACAUUCUGCACUUCAUUUAUUCAGGUGCUUUUCAAUGGGAAGAACUGGAAGAAGAUAUCAGAAAGAAAUUGAAAGAUUCUGGGGAUGUCUCCAAUGUAAUUGAGAAAGUUAAAUGCAUUUUAAAAACGCCAGGGAAGAUCAAUUGCCUAAGGAAUUGCAAGACCUAUCAAUCCAGGAAACCUCUGUGGUUUUAUAACACUUCCCUCAAGUUUUUCCUUAAUAAACCAAUGCUUGCUGAUGUUGUCUUCGAAAUACAAGGUACAACAGUGCCAGCCCACAGGGCCAUUCUGGUGGCACGUUGUGAGGUGAUGGCAGCCAUGUUUAAUGGGAAUUACAUGGAAGCAAAGAGUGUUCUGAUUCCAGUUUAUGGUGUUUCCAAAGAGACUUUCUUGUCGUUCUUAGAAUACCUGUACACAGACUCCUGCUGCCCAGCUGGCAUUUUCCAGGCUAUGUGUCUCCUCAUCUGUGCAGAGAUGUACCAGGUGUCCAGACUGCAGCACAUCUGUGAGCUGUUCAUCAUUACUCAGCUACAGAGCAUGCCCAGCAGGGAACUGGCAGCCAUGAACCUUGACAUUGUUGAUCUGCUCAAAAAAGCCAAGUUUCACCACUCUGAUUGCCUUUCAACCUGGCUACUUCAUUUCAUUGCCACUAACUACCUCAUCUUCAGUCAAAAGCCUGAAUUUCAGGAUCUUUCAGUGGAAGAACGCAGUUUUGUUGAAAAGCACCGAUGGCCAUCAAAUAUGUACUUGAAGCAGCUUGCAGAAUACAGGAAGUAUAUUCACUCCCGGAAAUGCCGUUGUUUAGUAAUGUAAUGAAUAUAUAUAUUUUUUAUUAUUAUGAAGAAUGAGAUACCCUUGGGCUCCUGAAAAAAAAAAAAAAAUCUUGAGACUGAAGUCAAAAUAAGCAUUAGAUAAAAGGAAAAAAAAUCACCAUAUAACUAAAUAAGUUUAUUAGUUCUAUUUGAAAAACAAACAGCAACAAACCCACCUAUAAUUAUUGUUUUAAAAGGGAACAGAACAUGCUCUAGGCUAAAAGUAAGACAUCGCCCCAGUAUAUAAAGCUUCUGCAGACAAUUCCUUUUCCUUUUAAGAUGUCCUUGUUUUCAUGAUAUUCAGAGGUUUCAUCAUGUUUGGUUAACUUCCCUAUUAGUCUAAAGAUUGUUAAAGACAGUGUCAUUGUUUCUUUAGUGAAAAAUCUAGGAGAGGACCAAUGAAUCUGAAGUUUUAAAAAUAGAAUUUUUCUUGGGGUUUUAACAAUGGAAUGAGACUUAGCCCAAGUUCAGUGACAAUUAUGAACCAUUGUGAAAGGUUUUGAUUUUCAUCUGGAAAACCCAACUGAAUCACUUUGUCUCUUCCCUGGGGUUCUAAAUGGGCAGAAAACUUAAACAGAGCUUGCUUUAUGGCCAUACCACCUGUGUAGUCCCAGAAGGCACAACACUGAGACAAGCCCUGCGUUCACCACCUUGAAAAUCUGUAUAGGACCCUGCAUUUUCAAGACUGUAUACACUCUUAGCAGGGCAUAUAUGUUAUUAUCUUACUCAAAUGUUGUUCUCUCUUGAUAUAAAAAAAGGGGGGGUCGGGCGGUAGUGCAGCGGGUUGAGCUCACAUGGCACAUAGUGCAUGGACCGGUGUAAGGAUCCCGGUUCCAGCCCCCAGCUCCCCACUUGCGGGGGAGGGGAGGUCGCUUCACGAGUGGUGAAGCAGGUCUGCAGUGUCUUUGUUUCCCCCUCUGUCUUCCCCUCCUCUCUCCAUUUCUCUCUGUCCUAUCCAACAACAACAACAGCAAUAACAACAACAGUGACAAACAACAAUGGCAACAAAAGGAAAAAAGUGGCCUCCAGGAGCAGUGGAUUCAUAAUGCAGGCAUUGAGUCCCAGGAAUAACCCUGGAGACAAACAAAAACAAAAACAAACAAUGAAUGAAUGAAGACAGUUAUCAAGGGAAGAGAAAGAAAAUCUGCUAAGGAAGAGACUAUAUGGGGUUUCCCAUUUUUAGGGAACUCUGCACCACACAGGAGCCUCUGCUGUUACCUCUGUUGGUGAGAAAGGUGGUUUGUCCUGACUUGAAAAUAGUUCUGAAUUCCCUACACCACCAUAAGAGAGAACUGAGCAAUGCUCUGGUCAAAAACAAAGCAAAACAAACAAACAGAAACCAGUUCUGCUCUAUCUCAAAUGAACAGAUGCUUUCUUGAUCACUCUGUAUAACCAGAAUAUUGAUAAAAUUGAGCAGUGUGAUUUUAAUGUCCAUUUAAAAAAAUACUCAUAGGAAAAGAUGACUCCUAGAGAAUUUUCUGCUAAAAUAGCAUUUUUAAUUGUAUUUACUAAAAUUAGGAUGCCAUGGGCUUGAUUUUUUAAAAUUCUUCCUAACACCACAGGUUAUACAAUGGGGAGUAGCAAAAAUCUCAUCCUUUAACAUACUCAGUAUGUUAAAAGAAAGGAUAUGGGAGUCGGGCAGUAGUGUAGUGGGUGAGGUGCAGGUAGUGCAAAUCACAAGGACUGGCAUAAGGAUCCCGGUUCGAGCCCCCGGCUCCCCACCUGCAGGGGUGUCGCUUCACAGGCGGUGAAGCAGGUCUGCAGGUGUCUGUCUUUCUUUCCCUCUCUCUGUCUUCCCCUCCUAUCUCCAUUUCUCUCUGUCAUAUCCAACAACAAUGACAUCAUCAACAACAACAACAAUAAUAACUACAAUAAUAAAACAACAAGGGCAACAAAAAGGAAUAAAUAAAUUAAAUAUUUUAAAAAGAAAGGAUAUAAGUCAGACUUGUUACAUAUAGUAAAAAUGGCAUAAAGAUAGAAGACAUUAUAAAAAAUAUAAAAAAUUAAAAAAAAAAAAGAUAGAAGACAGGAUUAUAGUUUAUUUUGCAUCUCAUGUCAACAAAAAAUAACAAAAGGAAAAGCUCACAGAGACAGAAAGAUUUCUAUUUAUUUUUAACUUCAUCUAUAAUUUAUAUUGGAAAUAUAUUAAUUUAUUUGUAUUUCCAAUAACUUUAUAGUAUACAUAGUUUUUCAAACUAUGUUAGUUUUUCAAACCUAGUUAAAGGUUUGAUUGAAUAGUACUUAUAGUAGAAUCACAUAUAGUCUUUGAAACUAUACCAGCAUUGUCAGAGUGAAAUGGUAAGAAUUCUUAUAUAUGGGAGUCGGGCAGUAGCACAGCAGGUUAAGCGCACAUGGCGCAAAGUGCAAGGACCGCGUAAGGAUCCCAGUUCAAGCCCCCGGCUCCCCACCUGCAGGGGGUUCUCUUCACACACGGUGAAGCAGGUCUGUGGGUGUCUUUCCUCCUCUCUGUCUUCCCCUCCUCUCUCCAUUUCUCUCUGUCCUAUCCGAGGACAUCAACAACAAUAGCUACAACAAUCAACAACAAUAGCUACAACAAUAAAAAACAAGGGCAACAACAACAAAAAAGGAAAUAAAUAAAUAUUGAAAAAAAAUCUUACAUAUUUGUUUCAAGAAAUUUUUGAUUAGCUUACACUGAAGAACUUUAUGCUUUUUUGUGUUUUAAUCUGUUGAGUUUAUCAACUAUAGGCAAAAUCCCAUUUGGCAAGAAGUCCCAUUGUAAUGAGUUGACUUCUAGAAGUUCACCCAUAUGUAAAACUUUAAAAAUACAAUCAUAGUAUUUUAUUCUUCAGAAACAUAUCCUUACCCCAAGUACUUAAGAUUCUAAACCAGUUACUUUUAAUCAAGGAAGUUUUAAAAAGUAAGUUUUACAUCAAAAUUAAGUAUUUUUCUUGAAAAGAUUAUUUAUUUAAUAUUUCAAUAUUCCUUAGGUAGCAUUCAGGUUGUCUGAGUGGAAGUGGAGUUUGGAAAUGGGUGCACUGUUGGUGUUGAGUAUGUAGUUUUUAUGAACGUUCAUUACCAUCAGGUGAGUGGCUCAAACAUAGGAUGUUACAGCUCACCAAGAAGAAUCCAGUCUACAAAUCAGUUUUUCAGCCUUUGAAUUAACUCAAUUUAAAGUAACAAUAAGUGGACAAAAUAUUUAUAAACUAUCUUGGAGAAAUGAGCGCGUUCUUUGAAUCUUUUGUAAUUGAAAGAUUAUUUGAAUAGAUGACUGUAUGCUGUAUGCUGAUCUCUGCUUCAGUAUAUUUACCCAUCAUUUUAAUUACAUAAGAUAAUCAAUGGUAGAAUUAAGGCCUUCUCCCUCCCGCCCCACCCAGGCCAGGUUUUCACCUUGUAUAACCCUUUAUGUAUGUCUGAUUACUCUGUGUUCAUAUUCUAGGUGACUGACUAGACUUCUAAUAUAGAGAAGUUUCAGUGGCAUGACUGAAAUUUCCCAUCUGAGCCAGUGUGAUGGCUUCAUAUUGGGCAGUAUUAGAAAACUGCAUUGGUUAAGUCUGACUUCCAAGACACCUAGCCUUUUCAACUGUAAUUUUAAAAAUUACACUACACUGAUACAGUUAGAUAAAAAUGUACUUUAUUUUAUUUAAGUAUCUAAUUCAACCUCUAAUAAUUUUUGCAAAGAGGGGUAUGUGUGCAUUUUAAUAUAACCCAACCUGGAUUUAUAUGUUUCUAGCUUUAGUAUUUAACAUUUUGUAACAAAUAAACCUUUUCUAAAAACAAA